AUUUCGUCUGACCACUUUUUGAUUUCCUUCCAUUUUCUUUCAUGUUUUAAAAAUCUUUGUGUACGUAUCAGUAUAGUAAAAAGUAAUCUUUAUCUUUUUACAGAUGAACAAAAAAGAAUAAAACCAUAUAUAUUUUAGAAAAAGCAAACUAUAAAUAUGGAUCAAUAUUUAACCGACACGUCCAACAAAUUACGCGACACAAACUAUGCGGACCUGACUAUAGUAUUAGGCAACGAAAGCUGUGAUUUAGAUUCUGCCAUAAGCUCCAUUGUGUAUGCUUUAUUUCUGAACUGGCAAUACCAGCAAAUAAAAUGCAAGACUUGCACAAGGUUCGCUCGCCGGGAAGACAUGAAAGACAGCCUAUUCGUCCCUAUUUUAAAUGUAGACAGAGAAAACUUCCCGCUGAAAACUGAGGUGGUAUACUUUUUGAAUGAACAUGGAAUAAAUGAAACUAAUUUGGUGUUUCGAAAUGACUAUGACCUGAAACAGCUGGUAACCCAAAACAAAACCAAUGUAGUCUUAGUUGACCACCACACGUUGAAUGCCGAUGAUAUGUUCCUAGCGCCAUAUGUGACUGAAAUCAUAGACCACCGCCUCAUGGACAAGAGUGGCUGGCAUUACAAGGACGAUACAAGAUCUACUAUAGAAAUAGCAGGAUCUUGUUGUACGCUUGUCUCACAAAGGAUAAGGGAUCUAUCCGCCUUAGUUGCCAGAGAUGUGGACUUCUUCGAUGCCUACCCCGUGUGCAGUGAUAUGUUGCACAGUACAAUAAUACUGGACACGGUCAACUUCUCCAAAGAAUUCAACAAAGCGACACCACAUGAUGAGGAAAUUGUGCAGUUCUUGGAAAGUCUUAUUAAGCCCAAUGACUACGAUACCGCCAGUGUCCGUUGUUGCAGGAAACAAAUAUUGGAUCGAUUGACGACGGCUAAAAGUAACGUCUCCGUGCUGUCGGCCUCUCAACUGUUACUGAAAGACCUCAAAAUUGUGGGAGCCUUCCUAGUGCCAAGUUUCCCAAUACUGGUGCAGGAAUUCCUGCAAAAAUCGGACGCAGAGAAAGCUAUGUCGUCAGCUUUGACACAAAAGCAAUGUAGGGCCAUAAUCUUGUUAGGUAUGUCCCUAGGCGGGGGACUCGACAGGGACCUCGCUAUAUAUUCACAAGACAUGGCCACUACAACAAAAUUAUCAAAAUUCUUCGAAGAAUGGACGAACCCCCCCCUCAUGCUGGUACCUGAAGAGUUGCCUAACAAGAUUGCUAAUUGCCUGUACUAUAAACAAAAGAAUUUAUCAGCAACUAGAAAACAAUACAUACCUGCGCUCAAUGAAUAUAUUAUCACCGACGCUACCUAAUUCACCAUAGACAAUGUUACCAUAGAGAUUGCAAUAAUAAAGCAGAUUAGAAGUGUCAUAUACAUGGACAGACAAGAGAAAAUUAUAAUAAUGGUUUUAUAUUUCGUUU